CGUGUAACAUUACGUUUUACUUAUAAAGUCUUCUUUUUUUUUGUUGUAAAUUUAAGGGUCUUUUUUUUCAUUCUUGAUUUCACAAAUGACCCCCCAGGUGCUCUGGGUAGUGGUUGCAUUGUCCGGCAUCCUCUCUGUGACCUCCUAUGAGGCAUUCAAAUGUCCGCGUAUCUGCCACUGCACGGCCUCCAGCUUCCAAUGCAGCAAUGAUACUCAACUGGCUUCUAAGAAUAACACCACAUCCAUAGUUUUCAAACACCUGGAUCUUGAAGAACUUCCAACCCAUGCCUUCAAGGAACUGAUCAACAUAAAAGCAAUUAUGAUCUACUACAGCUCUGUGACCCGGAUACAGACACACGCCUUCAUCUCCAUUUACGGCUUGAGAGAAAUUACUCUUAAAAAUAUGAAAAAUCUGAGGACAAUUGAAAAGGGAGCAUUCACUGACCUGCCCGAUCUGAAUUAUUUGUGCAUCUUUGGCACUGGGGUGAUGCACUUCCCAGACCUUUCCACUAUAUCCUCCUUGGCAUUCCCAUUCAGCCUAAAAAUGCAAGGAAACAUGGCCAUAAAAAAUAUUCCUGCCAAUUCCUUCAAUGGUAUGACACAGAUGACCAGUGACAUCAGCCUGAUCGGUAGCGGUUUCAAGGAAAUCAACCCACAUGCAUUCAAUGGAACCUUCAUCAGAACACUAGAUUUAAGAUACAACCGACAUCUGUGCAACCUUCCAGAAGACGCUUUCGAGGGAGCCUUGGGUCCGCUUUAUCUGGAUGUGUCCUCCACAGCUUUGACCUCCCUCCCCCGGAAGGGGUUGGAGCAGGUAAAGCGCCUGAAAGCCAAAUCUGCUUUUGCUCUGAAGCGCCUUCCUCCAUUAGAGAGCCUGGCUGAGCUAGGGGUGGCUGAGCUCCCGUACGCGAGCCAGUGCUGUGCGUUCCGCUUGUGGUACAGCAAACACAGACAAGAGGCCCUCAAGAAUCCAAUCCCAUUUUGCGAAUCGAUACACACACAUUUCGGUCGAGGCAUUGACCUCUACAAAGAGAAUCCACAACUGGAACAUAUUUGUCCCAGCCACGCCGGCAUCCAGUGCACGCCAGAGCCAGAUCCUUUUAACCCUUGCGAGGACCUCCUGGGUCCCAUCCUGGGCAACGUCACAUGGAUAAUAGCAUUUUUGACAAUUGUUGCUAACCUCACUGUGUUGGUCAUGCUGCUCUUUACCAGUCGCAAGCUAACUAUCUCACGAUUUCUUAUAUGUAACCUCGCCCUGGCAGACCUGUGCAUGGGCUUUUACCUGAUGCUCAUUGCCCGCAUGGACUGCCACUCUCGCCAUGAGUACUACAACCACGCCACGGAAUGGCAGACGGGCCCAGGAUGUGACAUGUCAGGCUUCCUGACUAUGUUCUCAAGUGAGCUAUCCGUUUAUACGCUCACUGUGAUAAGCUUCGAACGCUGGUACACCAUUAUCAAUGCCAUGGAUCUAAACAAGAGGCUGGGGAUGCACCAUGUGGUGGCCAUCAUGGUUGCAGGUUGGGUCUUUUCCCUGCUGGUUGCUCUGCUGCCCUUAGUAGGAGUCAGCAGCUACAGCAAAGUGAGCAUCUGUCUCCCAAUGGAUAUUGACACACGGGCUUCUCGAGCAUACGUGAUGAUUGUGCUAUUGCUUAAUGUCCUUGCAUUUCUGGGGGUGUGUUUCUGCUACGUGUGCAUCUACCAGAGUGUCCGCAAGCCGGAGCCUGCCAAUCACUACAAUGAUACAAAGCUCGCCAAGCGCAUGGCGGUGCUCAUUUUCACCGACUUCCUUUGCAUGGCGCCAAUCUCCUUCUUCGCAAUCUCUGCGACACUGCAUAUGCCCCUGAUCACCGUGUCUCACUCCAAAAUUCUCCUCAUCAUUUUUUAUCCCAUCAACUCUCUCUGCAAUCCUUUCCUGUACACCAUCUUCACUCGGGGCUUUAGGAAAGAAGUGCGUCUGCUGCUCCAACGUUGGGGAAUACUCCCAUAGCAUUUAAAGGUAAAGCUCCACAGCUCCCAAAUUACCUGCCUCCAAAUUAUGCCCAACACAAAACCACACUUUAGUUUCUCUGCUAUUCACUAGAAUUGAUGGAUGGACAGAUGUUUCAGCAUGUACAGUAUUUGUGUGUGUACUAUAUUAUAUAC